AUGCCGACCAGCAGCAUCAGGUUCAGACCCAAAGCAACAGCCAGCCAGAAGACAUCAAAGCAUAGCAUUUUCAGCUGGUUCCCACAAAAGAGAAGCAGCACAUUCCAACAGGCUGAACAACCGGUCCAUAUUGAGCCCAGUGUGUUGCAGCCAUACAGCAGCAACAUCGAAUCGCAGGUCGACAAGGCUUGGAGCUCAAUCUUUGUAUCAUGUCGGUGUGAACCAUGCUGGCCUCCAAAGCAGCCCGCACCCCGGCUCUGCACCCACGGUACAUAUAACAAAUUCUGGCCGAGCCUAUGGAAAUUUGCCGACGUCUAUGGCUCCGACGGCCCAAAGAUCUUCUGGGAAAUGAUUCUGCAAGACAUUCAGCAAUAUAUGAUCGUUGUCAACGACCCUGGAGCACGAUACAGUGAAAGUAGAAAGGAAACACUCUCACAACUUCUUGGACGAGCCGAAAGACAAUUGCAUGGAACCACCGCCACGUGGGGAUGGUUGGGCCAGCCUCGGGCAUCUUGCUCAACAAACCAAACCUCGACGCACGUCAUAGUGCCAGCACCACCAGGUAGAGGAAUAGAGGGCGAACGAGCGAUUUGGAUGCGAGCAUAUCACUCUGCCGACGAAGAGCAUAGCAGCAAAUUGGAGCGAAUACAGAACACCAGGAUAGUCAACAUCAACGGCCGGAAACUGCAACUGCGCAAGCACCAUUUCGACGAAUCAUAUCUGGGAAGAAAAGAUGGACACGGUUCUGCGAGGUUCGCGAGGAGAUCGACGACAGGUAGCAAAACAGCGUCUUCCGCGCGGAAGCCAAGCCCUCUUUCGCAAUUCAUCACCGCGCAGAUGGUUCAGUAUCCGACAUUCACUCAGCAACCGGCGCGCUGGACCCUGGCAACCCUCGGCAAUAUCACAGCAUUUGCCUCUCUUUCGGCGUUCGUGGUGACAGUAACGAAGAAAUAUGGAUGGGAAGGGAUGACACGUAACCACGCGUUAUCAAUCCUCAAACAACUCCAGCCCAGAAAGGACUUGCUUGUGCGUCUGAACAUGGAGGAACCCAGGUAUUCCAAAACCGACAGUACGGAAAAGAGAAGGAGACGUGCGAGGAGCACAGUCGAAAGGAGAGUUCAAUGUAUCGAAGCGGUGUUGGGGAAGAUGGCGGAUGAAUAUGAUAUAGCGCGCGGGGCAUUCGCGUGCGGCAUCAGUAUUGGAGUUGGCCAGCAGGACGUCAAAGUCGUCCAGGAGCUGGUGUCGAGACUGAUGGAUGGGAGAAGCUAG